GCGAGCGAAAAUGACCGAAAACGUGUAAACAGAAAGUGAAAGGACAGUUUUCGCGUAUUUCUGCUUCUUUUUAAGUAACUCGACAAUCUAAAAAUUAGUGGGUUUAUUUCCCAGAGAUAUGAAAGUUCCUUACGAGGGAAAAUGUUCGAGUUUGUCGAAUUGAAAUUGGUUUGAUACAGGCGCCGAUUAUUUAUGUGAUCACAUAACCUAAAAACCCAAAAUGAUAAGAUCUUUAGCUCCAAGUCAAAGAGGAAAGCGACCCUUGCUUUCUGAGAUUUGCAACGAAUUACCAUACGUAAAACCAACCGAAAUAAUUGUACAAAAAGAAAAGCGAGGUAGGAAAACUAAGGAGGUUAUUAUUCGAGAUUUAAAGCCACUAUGUCUCACUGAUGAAGAUCUUCAUGCUACCCAGGAAGUUAUUUCCGAACAUGAACUGAAAGUUCGAAAUCUUCUCAAAAAACCGUUUAAAAUUCCAAUACCUGGAUAUGAACUUUCUGGUCGCUCAUUGGGAUUGCGUUUAGCAGGACCGAGGAGAGCUUUACACGAUCCUGAUGAAGCGAAUGCCCUUGUUGUUUACACUCCACCCGAAAUCACUGAACAUGACAAAAUGAAACUUGAUCCGAAAAAUAUACUAGUACACGUAGUAGUGGAUCCUUUACUUUGCAACAUCCUUAGGCCACAUCAAAGGGAAGGCGUGAAAUUUAUGUACGAAUGCGUUACGGGGAAACGUAUAGAAAAUGCCUAUGGUUGCAUAAUGGCUGACGAAAUGGGACUUGGAAAAACACUUCAGUGCAUAUCUCUUUUGUGGACUCUCUUAAAACAAGGACCUGAAGCGAAACCACUGAUAGAAAAAGCAAUAAUUGUAGCUCCAAGUUCUCUCGUAAAGAACUGGUACAAUGAAAUCUUCAAAUGGCUGAACAAUCGAGUAAAACCCCUCGCAAUUGACGGAGGUAGCAAAAACGACAUUGACGUUAAACUUCGAGGAUUUAUGAAAACUUAUGGUCGCAGAUGUGCCAAUCCAAUCCUGAUAAUCAGCUACGAAACGUUUCGAUUGCACUCCCACGUUUUGCAUGAAGAUGAGGUUGGCCUGGUCCUCUGUGACGAAGGUCAUCGACUCAAAAAUUGCGAAAAUCAGACCUACCAAUCAUUGAUGGGCUUGAAAGCGAAGCGAAGAGUUCUUCUCAGUGGAACGCCAAUCCAGAAUGAUCUUCUAGAAUAUUUCUCGCUCAUCCAGUUCGUUAAUCAGGGUCUUCUUGGCACUGCUCAGGAAUUCAGAAAAAAGUUUGAAAUUCCUAUCUUACGUGGACAAGAUGCAAUGGCAACAGACAACGAACGUAAAAUAGCGCAGGAAAGAUUAACGGAAUUAGUGACAAUUGUUAACAAGUGUCUUAUAAGGCGUACUAGUGCUUUACUUUCAAAAUAUCUGCCUCUGAAACACGAAUUGGUCGUUUGUAUAAAGAUGAGCGAGCUGCAAAAGCAGUUGUAUAAAAACUUUAUUAAGAGCGACAGUAUUAAGAAAUCGAUGCAGGAAAAGGAAAACGUCAAAAAGGGAAGUCUCUCAGCCCUUUCAGCGAUAACGCUUUUAAAAAAAAUGUGCAAUCAUCCCGACCUGGUUUACGAAAAAAUCGUAGAGGGUUCUGAAGGAUUUGAAGGAGCUGUUAAGUUACUUCCAAGCAACUACAGUACGAAGGAAGUACUGCCUGAGUUGUCAGGUAAACUGAUGGUCCUUGAUUGUCUUCUUGCGUCGAUAAAGUCGACCACAACCGACAAGAUCGUUUUAGUUUCAAAUUACACGCAAACCUUGGACCUCUUUGAAAAAUUGAGUCACAAACGAGGCUAUCGAUACGUGAGAUUGGACGGUUCGAUGUCGAUAAAGAAAAGAGCGAAAAUCGUGGACAGUUUUAAUGAUCCGAAUACCGGAGAUUUUAUUUUCAUGCUGAGUUCGAAAGCCGGCGGAUGCGGUUUGAAUUUAAUUGGUGCGAACCGUCUUGUGAUGUUCGAUCCAGACUGGAAUCCGGCGAACGAUGAUCAAGCGAUGGCCCGAGUUUGGCGAGACGGGCAGAAAAAGCCCUGUUUUGUUUAUCGCUUCCUCUGCACUGGAACGAUUGAGGAGAAGAUUUUUCAGAGACAGGCUCACAAGAAAGCCUUAAGUUCUACAGUUGUCGAUCAAGACGAAGACGUGGCGAGGCACUUUACUCUCAGCGAUUUAAGGGAUCUUUUCAGAUUAGAGGAAAAUACGGUUUCUGAUACGCAUUCCAAGUUCAAGUGUGAACGAUGUGUGAAUGGAGUUGAAGUAAAAGGACCCCCUGAGAAUUCGGACUGUACAUCUGACUUGUCGGAUUGGAAACACGCUCACAAUCCGAGACAUUUGCCAGACAUUCCGCUUCGACAAUGUUGGUCCAGUGGAAUCUCCUUUGUCUUCCAUCAUCGAUCUCACGAACAAGUUACAACGUAGUAGGUAUGUUUGUUUAUAAAAAUAGAGUCGAAUAUUUGUCAAGAAAUAUUGUCUAUCGUCAGUUAUGUUUAUAGUGCUGAAGUAUGUCUGUUUAAUUUAAUAAAUUAUGAUUUCGUA